AUGAUGCCUUCAAAAUACACUGAUUAUUAUGUUAAAUAUCGUCGUCUUUGGAGAAAUGGGUCUGGUGAUAAUUUAGCUGAAUUGGCUGAAGCUACAAGAAAUGGUGGAUUGAAAUUGGGUUGCACGGCCGUUGAAGGGUGGUCAGAUGAACACCCUUCGUCGGAAAUUUUUUUCGAUUGUUGUAUUAGUAACGCUGAAUAUCUGCCAAUUGUUAAUGUGGGUAGUGAAGAACUGAUAAGUGAUUGCUAUAAUAGUGUUGUAAAGGUGAACCAAAAGUAUAAAAAUAAAGAUACACUUGUCUCGGUAAUGCGUAACUAUGCAAUCAAGCACAAGUUCAAUUUCAGAGCUGAGAGAUCUGACAAACAGAGCUAUGUCUUACUGUGCAAAUCGCUGGAAUGUAGUUGGGUAUUCAAGGCGUCCUGUAAGCAUGGUACUGAUACAUUUAUAAUACGUACCUUCAACGAUGAACACACCUGCUCAAUAAUGGAUAGAGUGUUUGAGCAACAUCAUGUAACCAUUGCCUUUAUAGCUGGAAUAACAACUCCAAAGUUGGUGACCUACAAAAGAAUAAUCACCCCAAGCAACAUUAUUGAAGAUAUAAAAAUGGAACUUGGUUUGGACAUAGAUUAUAUGAAGGCGUGGCAGGCUAAAGAAUGUGCUUUAAAGAUAUUGAAAGGACGACCAACUGACAGAUAUAAGAAAAUGCCUACCUAUGUAUACAUGUUGAAUUCGGUUUAUCUUAAUUCACAUAUAAGGAUGCAUAAGUCUCCGGCUAAUCAGUUCAUGUAUCUAUUCGUAACACUACAACCUUUUAUUAGGGAAUUUGGGUAUUGUAGGCCUGUUGUGGUAGUAGACGGUAGUCACAUGAGAGGACCAUAUCAGGGAACAUUCGUUUCAGCUAGCACACUUGAUGGAGCAGAUUCUGAGAAUGAUUCAUCCUGGACGUGUUUUUUCCAGCAAUUCAAGUGUGCUUUCAGUGAGCGCGAUAAUAUAAAGAGUAAGGACAAGCUGACCAGCGAGUUUUUUGCCAUGGCUAAAGGGUACAAGUUGGAUGAUUUUGAUGAGCUUAUGUGUAAAGUGGGAAAAAUUGAUAAUAGAUUUAAGGCAUAUUGGGAAAAUGUUGGAUUUGAAAAGUGGUCAAGAGUUCAUGCUCCAAUAAAUAGGGGGAGGAUGAUGACUUCCAACAUUACAGAAUGUAUCAACUCUCAUCUCGUUGAGGCUCGUGAACUGCCAAUUUUAGAUUUUCUUGAACAGGUCAGAAUCUUAUUUGGUGUGUGGAACCACAAAAAUAGAGAGCGAUCUAGCUUUCUUUCUAAAAAGUCAUUGGGAGGUUGGUUUAAACAAAUUCUUCAAUUGAACGAGGCAAAGUCAUCACGUAUGAUGCUUGAUGAGAUACCAUGCGCGCACGCUAUUGCUAUUUUGAAAAGCAAACAUGUAAAGGAAAUGAAGCCAUACUGCUCAGAUUACUACAAGAAGGAGACAUUGGUGAAGACUUAUGAAAUGCCGCUUUGUCCAAUGCCUGAUAAACGAGACUGGAAUGUACUACCGGAGGUGUUAGAAGAUAUGGUUUUGCCUCCAAAAUAUAAACGCCCACCAGGAAGACCCAAGAAAGGUAGAAAAAGAAAAGUAGUAAAAAGUUUUCAUCAACAUCAAAUCGUUGUGGCAAGUGUGGGUAUGAAGGCUAUAGCAGACGUACUUGCAACUACUUUCCAAAAAAGAUGUGACAUUUUGUCUUUAAAGUUUAAUCAGACAUGUUUACUUAGUUCAAAGUUUUGA